UACCAUCGAGGAUGUUACCGUUGUCAACGAACACAUGGUGGAAGUGACCUAUACCCAGAAGAAAGAAUUCCAAACCCCUCAUUCUCAUUUCAAUGUCGCCAUCGCUGCUUUGGUCACCGCCCAAGCACGUCUCAAGCUGUACAAGACCCUUGCCCUGGUGGGUCGCAGGGUCUUGUACUUUGACACGGACAGCGUCAUUUACAUUCAUCGACCCCACGACGCGAUCCAGAGCUGGGCCAUUCGUUGGGCUAGUUUACAGAUGAACUGGACGGAAACACCAUCAAGACGUUUGUGUCAGGAGGCCCCAAAAACUAUGGCUAUGAGUUAAUGAACCCCAGACCCGAUCAAACGCCUACGACCUGCAAAGUGCGAGGGUUCACUUUGAAUUACAGAAACCAACAACAUCUCAACUUUGGCACCAUGAAAGGACUGAUACUGGGACAACAGCCUGGGAAAGAGGGGGAGAAAAUCAGUUGUGAUUACCCUCAUCACAUCAUUCGAUAAGGACCUUGGCCCGAAAACGCUCUUGUGACAGACCCACCCGAAAAGACUAUCGUACCGUGUACGACAAGCGACGUCUCGUCUACGACGAAACCACAGGGCUGCCUGUAGACACGCUCCCCUUUGGGUACAGAGACGACUAGAUCACUUUGGGGAGGUGUCACAACGGAUCGAAAUUAAAUCGACAUGGGCACCUACAGAAAAAACCGGAUCGAAAUCUGACCAAUCAGAAGCUUGGGUUGUCGACCCAUCAGAGGGCGCCUUUGCCUUGGGCGGCCCUCUGAUGGGUCGAAACGAGGUUGUGCUUUCUCUCUCACGCUACAAGCCUGACCCUAUGGAAAAGAAACACUAAGGACGUACCACACUGGUGGGUGGCGUGUGGGACAGAAACCAGCCAAUCAGAAGGUCGGAUUUUCCACCAAUCAGAAAGCAGAGUGUCAGUGUCUUUAAGUACGAUCAGCGUUCCCUGGCCAUCACUUUUCACUAAACGGUCCAAGCAACAACACCAUCAUGUUCCGGCUACUACUACCGUAUGACAACAAUGGCCACUACCGCCUCAUCAUCAAACAGAAGGAGAUGGGGGACAAGGACGAGGACGUUCUCAAUAGCGAGCAAUUCCGUCGUGCAAUGGCGGACAUUCUGGGGGAGCGGCUAGUUCUACAUUGGGAGAUGAUGAGAACAAGUGCCUUGUACAAAGCUUCCCAUGACUGCAUGCAUGAUAAGUUAAAGAGUGUUGUGGACACAUUUCUGCCUCCGGAGUAUGGCAUCUGCAUCCCCAGCAUGGAACUCUACGUGGAAAAGUCAGCCCCAACACCUGAAGCAGCAGCACUCACAGCAUCCAUACUCAAAGCAGCCAAAAAAGCAGCAGCACCACACGUCGCAGCACUUACGGCAGUGGUAGCAGAGGGAACGUUAAAAGAAACAGACGUACUCCUCUCAGCACUCAUUGCAGCGUCAGCAGCGGCAGAAGCAACACCCAUACUAACAACAACACCCUCAGAAGCAGUGAAAGCAGCACAACAACUCGACUCAGCACUAUGGACAGCGAUACUAGCAUCAGCCGCAGCAACACCUGCAGCCAUAGAAGCAGCAGCAGUAGCACUCGUUGAAAUAGUAACUUCACAUGCACCCUUGCUACAGCAGUACCCAUCGCAGACAACACCAACAACAACACCCGUAGCAGCAGCAGAAGCAGCAACCACACAGGCAGAAGAAGAUGCAGCUGCAGACGCAGCAACAACACCCUCACUAAAAGUAUUCACCAAUGCACUACAGAUGGCGCAAUACGCGGUAGGUGUGAGGGCAUCGAAGGGGACACCCCGAGAAGCAGCAGCAACAGAAAAAUUCGCCUCAGCCACAGCCGCCACACCCACAGCAGUAGAAGAAGCAACAGCUGCACUCGUCGCCGUAGUAACAGGAGUAACUUCAGCGCAGUCAUCACCACCACCACCUUCACCACCACCACCUUCACCAUCACCGAUGGUCACCUCAGUCACCACAGCACCCUCAUCAACAGCACCAGUCACCAUCACCACCACAGUAGCAACAACAGCAGCAGACACCGAAACGAAGGGGACAUCCUUUUUGAAACCUGCAACAACUGCAAAAAGACGACCACGGAAGAAAUUGUCUCUGAAGAUUUCUCAUCAAGAACAACUGAUUGCCAGGAUUGACAGGACCCCAGAUGUCAGUUCAGCCCAGUCCGUGCUAGAACAGUGGUGGGAACAAACUCCUCGGGAGCCAACCUAUUCACCGAAUGCACCUGUGAUGAUGACGACCGGUGACAGUGAUGAUCAUGAAGCGUUCAAGCUGGCAACUCUCCCUUCCAUGGAUCUGGAUGCACUUCCCCUGCUUGAUGCUUCUUGGUCACCAGCAUCACCGGAAGAUGUCUUCUCCUCAGGUAUACCCAUGGUUUGCAACGAUGACAACGUUGACCAGGAUCCUUAUGAAGAAGCUCGACUCACUCCCCUACAACGUGAAUGUAGUGCCUGCCGACACAACAACAUGUUAAGAUACAUAAGCUGCAACAGUGGUCAAGUGAUGUGCCAUGUCUGUUUCAGGGAGGCCAUAGACUGUACUUAUUUUACUGAUGGACCUCUCACAUGUGUGGGACCUGUUUGGGACAGUAUGAUGGAGGACCACAUCUUAUGCUGACCCCAUCUUCACUCGAAGAGCUUGAAGAUAGAAGAGGAAACGUUGUCGCGUUGUUGUUGUAGGGACAUGCAAAGCACUCCCUCCUCUAUUGUUUUUUCGUAUUUCCUAUGUAUCUGGUUGUGGUUGUUGUUGUUCAUUAGUAAACAGUGAUUGAUUGAA